AAACCAUGACUAAAUUAGUAAAUUACACUCUUAACAAUUCCAAAACAUGCGAGCGGGGAGCGGCUAUAGGGACUGGGAAUGGCGACGGGAAGCGCCGGGAUGGGAAGUGAUGACGGAGCGGAGGAGUUGCUCAUGAGAGGGGACGGGGACGGAGACUGGCAAUGGCGAGCUGGGAGCUGCUAUGAUGACUGGGGAUGGCGAGGAUGCCGUCAGGAUGUCAGGACGGGAAGAGUUGACGGCGGCAGGGUCUGGUGCUGCUCUUCUCCCUCUGUUCACGAAGAGUCGAAGACGAAAACUGAAUUAGAGUUAGGGUUUCUUUCCUAGGCCCACGAUUUUGCCUUUCGUCUUCAAUUUAUUUUAUUAAACAGAACGACCAGAAGGGGAAAACCGAGCGACCGGUUCGAGCGGUUAACCGCUUCGAUCGCUCGCCGACCGCUCUAUAAAACCGUAACGGCUAAAUGACUUACUCAAACCUGUUUCGCGGUUGGGUGGCGGCUUUAGCGGUCCGACUGGCCGGCUCGAUCCGGUCUUAAUAACACUGAUAAAAACCAAGAACAUCAUAAUGCCAUUAAUUUGGAUUUGAGUACAAGGAAGCCACAACAAAAUUCUAUGUAUCGACCUUCAAUAAAAUCUUUGAAUCUCA